GGCGGCCCACCUUCGUUUGUCACGUGAGAAGGUUACGAAGAUGGUGGAAGUUUCUUCCUUUGAGUGAAACUGGAGUGGAUCCCAAAAUAAAGAGGAAUACAGCUCUUCAGGGAUACAUAGAGAUAUAGUACAGCAACGCUAGUUUCCCCCUAGAUACGGGUGGAUCUCCCAGCCCUAUGCCAUGGCCUGCAGCACUGCCCGACCAAGCUCUGUUAAUGGCCUCACCAUGAAAGCACAGCUUCAGAUUACAGUGCUAUCAGCCAAGUUGAAAGAAAACAAAAAAAACUGGUUUGGGCCCAGUCCUUAUGUGGAAGUUGCAGUGGACGGACAGUCCAAAAAAACGGAAAAAUGCAACAAUACUCACAGCCCCAAGUGGAAUCAGCCUCUCACGGUGAUUGUUACCCCUUUCAGUAAGUUAAUUUUCCGGGUUUGGAGUCAUCAAACCUUAAAGGCAGAUGUUAUGUUAGGAAUAGCCACACUGGAUGUCACUGAAACUCUGAAGUCCAAUAAUAUGAAAAUUUCAGAGGUUGUGCAGACAUUGCACCUCUCCAGUGACAGGGAGCAGACAGAUGUGGUGGGAGACCUGUCAGUGUGUCUGGAUGGAAUGCAGGUUGAUCCAGAAACGUUUGCAUCUGUAGACACGAACAGCCUGAGCAUGGUGCCCAAUGGAGAUUCACGACAGAACAGUGACUACAUUGGAGGGAUAAACAGGGAAGCAUCUCCCUCGGGAAGUAUUGAGGACAUGGCAGCUCCAAACGGCAUGGCGGUGAAUGGCAGAGGCUCUCCAUGUCUCUCUGCAGGCGGUUCUAAGCCAUUCCGGCCCCCGAGACCCUCCCGACCUCCGCCCCCCACCCCCCGUAGACCUACUGCGUCACCAGUAUCUACCAAUGGGUCUGUGUCCAGUGAAGGCAGUGCCUUUUCUAAUUCAGAAGCCUCAGUAAGGGCACCUGCAUCAGCUGAGUCUGAGUUAAACACACCCAAUUCUAUAUCCCAGGAGUAUGGGUCAGCUGGCAUGAGACAGAGUGUGGGUGUGAACCCACCUGCCCCCAGAAUCAACCCGGUCAGCACGGGUCCCCUGCCUCCUGGGUGGGAGCAGAGAAUAGACCAGAAUGGGCGUGUGUACUUCGUAGAUCACAUUGAGAAGAGGACAACCUGGGAGAGACCAGAGCCCCUUCCCCCUGGAUGGGAGCGACGCCUUGACCCAAUGGGCCGUAUGUACUAUGUUGAUCACAUCACUAGGACAACUACUUGGCAGCGCCCCACUGUUGAGUCUGUGCGGAACUACGAGCAGUGGCAGCUGCAGCGAAACCAGCUGCAGGGUGCCAUGCAGCAGUUUAACCAGAGGUUUAUAUAUGGGCUCCAAGAUCAAAUUCCAGUGACACAGAAUAAAGAAUUUGAUCCACUUGGACCUCUACCGCAUGGAUGGGAGAAAAGAACAGACACCAAUGGGAGAGUCUACUUUGUACACCACCCAACACGCUCGACUCAGUGGGAAGACCCACGAACCCAGGGACUCCUGAAUGAGAAACCACUGCCUGAGGGCUGGGAGAUGAGAUUUACAGUGGAUGGUAUUCCAUAUUUUGUGGAUCACAAUAAAAAGACAACAACCUACAUUGACCCUCGGACUGGAAAAUCAUCCUUAGAAAAUGGGCCCCAGAUCACCUAUGUACGAGACUUUAAAGCCAAAGUACAAUACUUCAGAUUCUGGUGUCAGCAAUUGUCAAUGCCUCAGCACAUAAAGAUCACUGUAUCCAGGAAAACAUUAUUUGAAGAUUCAUUUCAGCAAAUAAUGAGCUUCAAUGCUCAAGAUCUGAGACGCCGAUUAUGGAUCAUUUUUCCCGAGGAAGAAGGUCUGGACUAUGGAGGUGUCGCAAGGGAAUGGUUUUUCCUGCUGUCCCAUGAGGUGCUGAACCCCAUGUACUGCCUGUUUGAAUAUGCUGGCAAAGACAAUUACUGCCUUCAAAUCAACCCAGCCUCCUACAUCAACCCCGAUCAUCUCAAAUACUUCAAGUUCAUCGGCAGGUUCAUAGCCAUGGCCCUAUUCCAUGGGAAAUUCAUUGAUACUGGAUUUUCUCUGCCUUUCUACAAACGCAUUCUGAACAAGCCUUUGGCUCUGAAGGAUCUAGAAUCCAUUGAUCCUGAAUUCUACAAUUCCCUCAUCUGGAUAAAGGAGAACAACAUUGAGGAGUGUGGUCUGGAAAUGUAUUUCUCGGUGGAUAAGGAAAUCCUGGGUGAAGUCACAACUCAUGAACUGAAACCAGAUGGAAGCAAUGUUUUAGUUACAGAAGAAAAUAAGGAGGAGUAUAUCAAGCUUGUGGCAGAAUGGAGACUGUCCAGGGGCGUGGAGGAGCAGACUCAGGCUUUCUUCGAGGGUUUCAAUGAAGUUCUUCCACAGCAAUACCUGCAAUAUUUCGAUGCAAAAGAAUUGGAGGUGAUGCUCUGCGGGAUGCAGGAGAUUGACCUGGCAGACUGGCAAAGGAACACCAUCUACCGCCACUAUGCACGCAGCAGCAAGCAGAUUGUAUGGUUCUGGCAGUUAAUCAAGGAAAUGGACAAUGAAAAGCGUAUGCGCCUGCUACAGUUCGUCACUGGGACCUGCCGUCUGCCUGUGGGAGGAUUCGCUGACCUCAUGGGGAGCAAUGGCCCACAGAAAUUUUGCAUCGAGAAAGUAGGGAAAGAAAACUGGUUGCCUAGAAGUCACACCUGCUUUAAUCGUUUGGAUCUGCCUCCCUACAAGAGCUAUGAGCAGCUGAAAGAGAAGCUGCUGUUUGCAAUUGAAGAAACUGAAGGGUUUGGACAAGAGUGACCACUGUGGGUACCUGAGGCGCCUGCACCAUGCAACUUUGUUUUUUUUCAUUCAGCGGAGCUUUCGGGGUUGACCCUUCUGUUUCAUUCUUGUGCUGGCUACGCUCAGCAGUCUUGUCGAUUCCGAGCUUUGUCCUGAGACUGAUCACCUGUCCGCCGCCUCUCAAACAGCCAUGUGUUUAGCCGAACGCCUGAGCUGGCUCUCGUUUAAAAGAUACUCUCGCUCGAUCUCGCAAAAAAAGACUAUGUAGAAACAGGUGAGCCUGGAGAGUUGGAAGGGGCUAAACUGUACAGCAUCCUUUGUGUUCUUCUCCACUGUUUUGAGUUCUUCUCCACUUAAAAAAAAAAAUGUUUUUUUUUGUAUGCAUAUUUAAUUCAGAAGUGCACACUGUCACAAAUCACAUUUUGAAUGAGUAAUCUAAAGAUUGUUUUCAUGUAGGUAAGGACUGAAUGUGGAAGCCUGAAAAAUGUGCACUAUAAUGUAUUUUGUCAUGUCUUUUUGCAAUUAAGAAUUAUUGAUUUGACUCUUGAAGCAAAAGAAAAUGUAAAUGACUUAAUGAAACAAACUGAUCAGGAAAUUAAGGAAUAGCUGUGAUGCUCUGUUCCUUUGGUAUGCUGAGAUGGUGCCUAAAACCUUUCAUUUCAGAUUUCAUUUUUCGUGCGGCACUUUAAAUACAAAUUAUUUUGGAAAAUAUUAGGUUUUUACAUUGGAAUGCUUAAAAAUACCUCGGUGAGGACAUAAUCUAAAUCUAGCCACAAUUUGGGUUUUUUUUUUGCCUGUUAUGCAUAAGGUGCAGACUUGACAUGCCAGUCUUCUGCUUCUUUCCUAGUUGUGACGGCUGUCCCUAGUAUUGCUUGACAUCUGCCUUGUGUGGUGAAUUUGUGCAAUUUUGUCUGAAAAGCUUUUUUUCAAGGUUUUUGCAGUUCAUCAAAACCAUAUUGGGAAAACAAAGGAAUUUUUGAGAGAAAAAUGGUUUGGUUUCAUCACUGACAGGCUGUGAAUUUGUAAAGAAUUCUGCACUUUUUAAAUGUUUUUUGUGUUCUAGUGCCCUGUACUCACAGGUUUUGCUUUGAAAGGUAACUGCAGAAACAUGAGAAAUCAUGUUUGACUCUUAAUGAAGCAAGCAUGUAAUUUAUACCAAUGUGUGCUGCAAGGCAGAAACUUUUCAUUGUUACUAUUCUGUAAUUGUGUAUUCCUAACCAACAGAGCUAAUAAUAGUUUUGAACACUGUCUUCAGUUGAACCUAUAGUUUUGAAGCCAUACCUUCAUUACACAUGAAGUCCAGGACAAAUGUGUGCUUUUUAAUGCUCUUUACUCAUCUCUCACUAGUAAAUCUAUUGAAAAUGUAAAAUAAAGUGAGAAAGGCAUACUGCCCUAUAUUUUUAAAUAUGAUAAAUUAUAAUAAACAGAUAAAGCAGCUGCAGCCCUAGUUUUAUAGGGUUUUGCUGUUUAUAGUUUAUUUUUAUUGGUGUUGAUUUCCUGUAAAAGCAAUGAUUGUACAUAUAAAAAUUAACCAUAAUAAACCUAUUACUUGUUCCUAAAAAUUAACCAUAACAUAAUUACGUCAUUAGCACCCUUCCCAGGUGAUAUCAGCUGAUGUCAAAAUGCAAAAUGUAGAGGCUGUGUUAGAUUUACAUCUUGCUCUGUGGCUUGCCAGGCUCUGCAAUGCCCUCUACUAGCAAUAAAAAGGUGAUUCUGAGAAGUUAGCGGCAUCGGGCAUUUAACCUUUUAAAAUGAAAUGGUAUGAUUCAUUUUUUCCCCUAGGGUUACUUACUUUGACAGAUGUGGAAAACAUUUAAAAAACAGUACCCUUUGUGACUGCAGCAUACCGUUAUAAAUCUUAAAAGUCAAAAUUAAUUUGCCUGUUUGUCUUCCCUAAAAAAUGAUUUCAUUGUGAAAACUUAAAUAUGUAAUUUUUACAAUAACAUAUGAUGCCAAUAUUUGUUCUUUUUCAACUUUUUCCAGUUACCUUUACUUGUUAUAUUAUUGCUACAGACUUUCUAGGUCCUGGUAUUUGGCUUGUAUGUCAAAACUUAUAGAACUAGAUGGAGGUGUGUGCACUUUUUGUACUGUUUCUGUUUCCGUUAUCCACUCAGGUAGACAUCGAAGGAGUCAUUCAGCAAUGUUUCAGACUGAAAGGAUAACAAAAUAGAGGCUUUAGAUGUCAAGCCUUUCCUACAUCUGUGACCUGAUUUUAUGUGCAACACUUAAAGUUACUGUCGCACAGCUCUGUUGAAGGUCAGAAACGGAACCAUUAGUACGCCUGGCUGUCCUGAGCACUGCAGCAGCCAGCACCUAAUUGGUGUUUUAGGUUAGCAGAUUUUCUCAAUGGAGAGAAAAGCAAAGAAGGAAAUGCAGAAUUAUUUACCAUUUUCCUUCUAGAUUUCCUUCCUUUUUCUGCCAGCUAAGCUUUUACCAGUUUCUUCCUCUUCUUGCAUGUUCUGGUGUUUCAGACAUACAAUGACUCCCUUUUGUCUUUUAAUUCCUGUUUUUUCUGUUAUAAUGUGGAACUUAGGAGAGCAGCUUCUGUUUUUCCUUUUCAACAAAUGUCACUUUUAGUUUUUUUUCUGUAGCAACCUUAAUAGCAGUUGUUUAAUUCAAUUUAUCUGUGUAUCAAACUGCACCUUUCUCAUAUUUGUUAUUCAGUAGCUUCCAUUAUCUAUAACUCCUGAAUGUGGAGUAGUAGUGAAAUCCUUUACAACAGAUAAAAUGUUUUGCUUGAAAGUAAAUUAGCCAUUUUACAGAAUUCAUUCUUUAACAUUUGUAGAUGGUAGAGCUAAUGACUGUAUAUGCUCAAGUCUUUAAUGCCUAAAACUGUGGUUUUCCAAAUUAUAUUUAACAUUUCAGUUUAUCGGUUGUCACUGCAGAAGGCUGUCUUGAAUUGAACAUCUGUAACCAGAAUAUGAGCGUUAUUAUGCUUCUGCUGUUGUGGUUUUUUCUCUCAAAGCUGACUUUGAAAUCAUGGGUUUCUUGCACCCACAGAUUCACUACUUCUCAAAAACUUCGAGCAAAUCUAAACAGGUACCCUUGAGUUCUAUAGUGUUCAUGUUCAAGUAUGUAGAUUGUCGCACAACAUUUGAUCAAUUAUUGCAAAACUGAGACUGCAUUACCUCAGAGUCUUGAUUCUUUUAAAAGGACUGUAACAUCUUUCCACCACAUAAUAAAGUUUAGGUAAACUGGCUUCAGUAUUUAACUGUAGAGAUGCAGUUGCACCACUCUUGAUUGUUUGGAUGGUGGAAUAUUUAAUACCCCAGGGAAGAAAUUGUAGAUAAGUUUAUAUUGUACUGCAAAUACAUUGUGAUCUUUUUUUUUUAUUUAUCUGUGCCCGAUACUUUGUUUUUCAUUUGAGAUCCCAAUAAUACAUGCUUAACUAUUCUAAUCUACUCUGUGUACAUUAAAUGAAGGCUGUAAAUCAUGUUAAUAAUGAAUUCAGUUAUCUUUUUGGUUUUUGUAAAUUCUAAUCUUUUAGUAACUGGGGUUAAUGGUUUCGAUGCUAUUUAAGGAUUCUUCACAUUUUUUUCUGUUUUAUCUGUACAGUAAGAACAUUGGUGUAAAAAUGUUUAAAUCUGUUUAGAAAUUU